UAAAACUUACAACAGUGGCUACGAAAGGCAUACCGCGACAAAUUAGGUUGGCUCCGACACCAACCGUGCGAUGACCCUUUGGCCCCCAUCUAUCAACACCCCAUUCCAAUCCAACGGCUCAUGAUGCGUCGCCAUGCUGCUAUGGUUCGCGUCCUAUCACUGCCUCAACUAGGCCGCGAUCCUUCCUUCCCCCAUCCUGGAACCACCUCAAGAAGUCUACUUUCCAGAAUCCAAAAGUACAGCUCUCUCCUAUAUAUUUGUGCUUUUCCACUCUCUUUUCCUACUCCCAUCGUCUUCCUCAUCUACGAAUCUCUCUCUAAACCCAGACCUCUUCCUCUCUCUUUCUCUGUAAAACCGGGGAGCUGCUUGCGGACAGGGUUCUCUGUUUAACAUGGCGACGCUAGGUGAAGCUUCAGCUCUGGAGAUCAUCAGGCAGCACCUUCUGGGGGAGUCUUCCCCUAUGGGAAGUUUCAUCACUUCCCCCAUCACCCACUCUGCCCCCCAAUUCAACGAAAAAGAAUGGUUUGAAGGACUAAAUCUGGAUGCUUCCAACUCCCAAUCCGAGUCCCUCUGUUCUCAAACCGCCAGUUGCGAUUCCCCCAUCGCAAUUUCAAAUUAUUUCACCUUCUCCGAACCCAAUUCCACCGGAUGCCCCAUCAGUUUUGCUCCCUGCUCAAUUAAUCCUUCCCGCAGAACGCAGAGCGGUGAAGAGGGUUCGUCCUUUUCCUUCGAAUUCGAAUCGAAACCUGAAAUCAUUGAUCUCGCGACGCCGAAACCCACCUCCCAGCUGAGCCUCCGGGACCGGCGGCCGUCGCUGAAGAAAAUCUCUCUCACGCCGGUUCAGACACCCGAGUGGGUCCGACCCGUCGAGGCGGUUCAGCCGGCCAGGGAGGAAGAGAGGAGACACUACAGGGGGGUCCGGCAGAGGCCGUGGGGCAAGUUCGCGGCGGAGAUCCGAGACCCGAACCGGAAAGGGUCUCGGGUUUGGCUCGGGACCUUCGACACCGCCGUGGAAGCCGCCAAGGCCUACGACCGCGCCGCCUUCAAGCUCCGGGGCUCCAAAGCCAUCCUCAACUUCCCUCUCGAGGUCGGGAAGUUGACGGACGUCCGCCCGAAAAGGCGGCGGGAGGCGGAGAUGGAGACGGAGGAGAGAGAAGCGCCGGAGGUGAAGGCCUUGAAGAGAGAGAGAUCGCCGGAGGCCGAGGCCGAAGGGGCGAUGAGUUGUCAGACUCAGGCGGUGGGACCGCUGACGCCGUCAAGUUGGACGGCGGUUUGGGACCAGAGUGGGAACGGAAUCUUUAACGUGCCGCCGCUGUCGCCGUUAUCUCCUCACCCGACGUUUGGAUAUACGCAACUCAUGGUGAAAUAGAGAAGCAAAAGAGCUCCUUGUCGUCACGUGUCUGUUUUUUUUAAAUUAUAUAUUAAUUAAGGAAAUGUUUUCAAUAUAAUUUUUGGUAUGUAUGAACCAUAGGGCUUGUAGGUGUAUUUAAGCUUGUAUAUAUAUAGGAUGCAUGUUUGGCUUCUUCAGAAAUGGAACCAAAUUAUUUUAA